AUGGUGCAGAAUUCACCGACAGUACCCAAAGUAAUCACUGGUAAAAUAAUGGACGAAUCACUCUAUGAGCUGGUUCUUGAGCACUUGAACAAUUAUCAACAAGCUAUUGUUGUGGACAACCGCGGGGAGAAUGAUGCGUUGCUCGAUAGGCUGUCUCGUUCAUUUGGGGAUAAGCUCAAUGAACUCGUCGUGACGGGAUCGCUCGAGAAAAUGGGCUUCCGAGAUGCUUCAUCCAGUGACAUGAUCCAGUCCGAUAAGAAUCAGGAUUCCGUGGAAAGCCAGUUGGGAUGCAUACUUGUAUCCUUCGUAGACACGGUUGUCUCCACCGCAGAGCUUUCGGCAACAACGAAAGACUCCGUUUUCGCCUUGUUGGAGGCUAUUGCUUGCUUGGCUUCUACCUCUCUCGUUUCCUCACUUUCGGUGUUGACUCGUGCAAUUGAGUUCUCCAACGUUCUAUUAGAACGCGUUAGAAACGUUGCUUGUCGACUGAUUGGGAAUCUUGUCGGAUUCUGGAUGCAGAGUUCAGCGCAGCACCUUUUUCACGGUCUUCUCGACCAGGCGUCACAGGCUGUACUGCCUCGCUUUACGGACAAGACCCAGUCAGUUCGGAACGCGGCCAUUAUCGCUGCUAAACAAUUCUUCACCGGAACCAUUGAUGAUGCCGAUUUGCGGACUGCCUUGGUGUGGAGUGUCCAACACGACCCGUCCGUUACUAAUCGCCUGCAGGCUCUCGAAAGCCUGCCACUAAACGGCCAAACAUUGGAUAUCAUUGUUGCCCGAAUUGCCGACGUGAAACCUAAAGUCCGAGUUGCAGCCUUACAUAAGCUUUCUACCGUUUCCACUUGGCAAUCACACGAACGAGCGGCGCUCGUGCGAGCUGGUCUUUCCAAGCGCUGUACUGCCACGCGGGACGCGACCGUCAAAAUGGUUUGCCAGGCUUGGAUGAAAGCCGUCAAAUACGAACCACUGGAACUUCUUCGUGGAUUGGACGUGGUGAAUUUUGAAGAGGAGGCAGCUCAAGUUGUCAAACUAUUGCUAGACGCGACCAAGGACCCUACAGCGUACCUGGAAGAGUUGUCGAUGAGUCCACCCGAAGUACGUGCGUUUGUUGAGAAUGUGAACGCGUCGUCUUCCCUUGUGAUUGCAAAUGCUGAACAAGUUUUGACGCCAGAGGCGUUACUGUGGGCUCGUGUAGCUGUCCAACACACCAAAACAUCGCAAUCAAACUCUCGAGCUGAGGCCAUGCUUUCCCUCAUCAUCCCUGAAGUUCCCAUUCUUUGCUCUGUUGUCGAGAACCACGCCGCCCAACUCAUGACAGUGCUUAGUGAGCAGUACGAAGAUGAGGACGGCGGCUUGGUGGAUAGCCUCGUCACAAUUUGCUUGCAGCUCUUACAGCUAGCGACGUGCGUUUCAAAGUCUUCGAUGGAAGAAGGAUCGCGUCGAGUCUUUACUGCCGUCAUGAAACGCAUGCUCAGUUCCGUCGUUACACCGGACGACCUUGUCGAAGGCUGCGUUCAAGCCCUACACUCCGUUUGCAUCCUCGAAAAAGAUCUCGUCGACGCAACCAGCGAAAUAAUUGCCGAACUCAGUCGUCUGAGCCAAGAGCACGCGGAGUUGCAAAAACAGCAUCACUUGCGCAUACUUGCAAUUCUCAGCCUAGUCUUGGAACGUGUGUCUCCCGGAUUUGGUUCAAAUCCCGAUGCUUUAACAUCCUGGGCGACUCAUAUUAUCCCAGCUGUAACCAGUGAGAAUCUAUUGAUCCGUCAACUCGGCGUUUCUUGCUUUGGCAAGCUCGGUUUGUUUACCCCUGUCGACACAAUCUCGGAACAAUUCCUCCCACUAAUAUUGCGCAUGGCGUCAAACGAAGUGGAGACGGACGAAAUACGCGCUCAAGCCUUGCUUGCCCUCUCGGAUUGGGCUACGCUAUUCCCAGUUGUCUUAAAAACUCAAGAGUUAGACGGGAAGAUGGUGUCUAUUUCAGACGUUGUCCAUUAUUGGCUCGAUAAUCUUCCGAAGGGGUCGGGCAAUCAUACGUCUUUGGCUUUUAUAGCUGCAGAGGUUGCAACGAAGCUCUUAUGGUCGGGACGAAUUGUGGACAGCUCAUGGUUGGCCAACCUUGUGGUCAUAUUCUUUGACCCCAAUCUUUCGACUGGGGAAAUGGAGGAAGAGUACCACGAAGAGGAAUCAAAGGAAAUUGGGAGCCUCGUUCGUUGGCAACAGUUGCAGAGCGUGUUCUUUCCCGCAUACGUUCGUCGUGGUCCUGUUUAUCAAGAGGCUCUGUUGAAUUCCAUUUCUCACAUCUUGCAGGUUUUCUCCUCUCGCUCGCAAAAAACAACACGUGGCAAAUCGCUGCCCGUUGUAAAAAUGAUUGAUUUCGUCUGCGCCUUGGUAGAGGAAGGAGUAGCCAAAGCAGACUCGACAAAAAGUGCUACGGAACUUGACAAUGCGAAAGACGAAGAAUGCAUGGCACUCACGUCUGUCGGACUUUCUUCCGCAGUUCAGAUUGCCACUUUUCUAUACGCUAGUCACGACAAUCUCAAUGCGGCGGGUCUACGAGCGCUUUGCAAAUACUUGGGCAACAUCAAAUUAGAUUUGAGACGAGUUUGUUCAAUAGAACUGGUGAAGCUCAAGGGGUCCGUCGAAGACCUGACCAUGGCAGUCUCUGACUCGACGUGUCUUCGCGCGUUGGACUUGCUUACGGAGAAACUGGCCGGUGUCGAGAUCCCUGAUAGCGAAGAAAGCUCGGAUGGCGAAGAAUCCCUAACGGAAGCAAUGGGCGAUCUGCAGGUAGGAAAAGAGAACUCGAUUCGGCAGGACAGUACCGCAUUGAAGGGGGAUCCUGCAGCCGUAAUCCCCGUAACUUCCAACAAUCGAGCUACCCUUUCUUACGUAAACUAAGAGUAAAGGGAACUGUAUCUGAAAGCACAUUUAAGUCGUCUGUCAGAGUGAGUUGCUUUCGCCGCUGUCCACGGAAGAACUAUAAAACACCAUCAAUCUACCGGACCGAGUUUGAAAACAAGGUACAUUGACUGUGGAUAUGAGCAGACCGUCUUCUCGCUCGAUUUGAGGCUGAAUAAGGUCAAGUGCGCCUAACAGUAAAUUACUUCGAGAAGAUGGCUAA